GCUGAAGGAAGAAAAAGGAAAAGUGUGGGUCACAGAGAGAGGAGCGAAGGAGGAGAGGGAGGUAUGCCGAAAGGUAGACUUCUAGAAACUUUAGAAACAAUACUUUUCACGGUGGAAUUUAUGUGUUAGUGGUAGUAGUUGGUAGUAUAUAUGAGGGAAGUACUCGCAUUACUCUGUGUACGAAAGUUGUGUGUUUUUAUUUAGUUGUUAUGCUGUAGUGUGGUCCUUAUUGAUUACAUUGUCAUCGGACAUUACGUUCGCUCCUCCAUGGCAUUGAUAGCGACGGACCACGGCUGUAAAACCAACGGUACGUCAGUCAUUUACGGCCGCGUUGGACAGAGAAGGGAAGUGUUCCAGGGUAAAACGGGAAGCUUCAAGACGGCCAAAAUGCAGCCUAAAGAGACGGAGUACUCCACGGAUGGCCUGCCCAAAGCCUUCCUCCACAGCCUGAGGACGCUCUUUGACAUUUUAGACGACUCUGGACGAGGCUACGUCCACAUCUCGGAGAUCGAGAGCCGUUGGCAGGGCGCAGACACCCAGGGUCUGCCGGGCGGGGUGCUAGGCUGCCUGAGGCGGGUCCCCCCGCCACAUGGCUGCCUCACUUUUGAGCGGUUCGUUGCGGGGCUGCGGUACUCCAUGCUCAACCCGGAGAACACUCACCUAAAGGCUCACGCUGCUCCAAUCCGGAUUGAGAACAAGGUCCGUCCACUUGGUCCGAGUAACGCGUCCAACACCCAGCAGCAGCAGCAGCAGCAUCGUCCAUCCUCACUCCACAGCCGGGCCAGGCCGGAGGAGGGACCCGUGUACCCCACAUGUGGACCAGUCCGGUACAGCGCGGGCUUCGAGAGGUCCGGGCGCAGCUUGGAGCGGAUUCCAGUGGCUCCAGAGGGAGGGUGUUUCAGGACCGACCCGGGUCACCCCACUAAACCCGCACAACCUCAGCCUCAGCAGAGCCAGGUCAGAGCCAUCGAGUCACUGGCAUUGGAGUCACCACAGCUUCGGAGAAGAAGUGUCGCAAAAUCAGGAUUACCCAGGUCUCAGAGUGAAUCAGCAACCGGCCUUACAGGCCUCACCAGGAGACACAGUCGGGCCCGGGAAGACCAGAGGCGGCAUACCAUAUCCAACGGAGUGGAUUAUGAAAUGCUGAAGCAAAUGAAAGAGCUGGAGCAGGAGAAGGACACUCUGCUGGCAGGUCUGGAGGUGGUGGAGCGGGCCAGAGACUGGUACCAGGGCCAAAUCCACAAUGUCACUGAGAGGCAGCGGCAGAUUGGUCCCAGCUCCCACUGCACGGACUUCUUCACUGAGGCCAACCAGAGUCGCAUGAAUGUUCUCAUUCCGAAACUGCAGGAAGUCAACCACUGCCUCAGCGAUCUUAUAUCCAGCACUGGGAUGCCAUUUCCUUCGAGUGGGGCUCAAACCGCCAACCUGUCGGUCAGCUCCCAGCCUGCAGCUCCUCCACAGGCCAUUCAGAGGCUGAAGGAGCAGAAUCGCCUCCUCACUCAGGAGGUGACGGAGAAGAGCGAGCGCAUCGCUCAGCUGGAGCAGGAGAAAUCAGCUUUGAUUAAACAGCUUUUCGAGGCCCGAGCUCACAGCGCUCAGGACUCCAGCACCAUGGACUCCACCUUCAUCUGACAGUGAUGUUCUCAGCGCUGGUCUGGAGAAAACACACAAACUGAUAUUGACUCGUUGUGGCAAACUAUUGGCCACGAGACACCGCAAAAAAAACAAAAACAAAAUAAUCCACCACAGACUGCAACGUGUCACCCCAACACCCCAAACAACAGCAUGCACUACCUACAAGGGAACACUCCCCCGUGACUUUACCUCAGAGUCAGAGAGGCUCUUUGACUCGAUGCCUUCACACUCCCCGUCGUCUUCAUCACUCCUGUCAAAACAAACUGUUUUCCUCACUUUUCUUUUCAGCACCUAAAAUGUCUUCAUCCCAGGUGGAAACAGGGUGAUGGGGGAAAAGUUUUUUUUUUUUUUUGCCCACGUGGUAAAGAAUGGUUAAUGCUCUUGCCUUAUAGUGAGAAAAUCACAGGUUCAAUCCCUGGUGGUUUGUCCUGCUCGCGCGUGUGUGUGUGUGUGUUUUCUCCUGGUACUUGGUUUUCUCCCACAGCACCAAAACACACAGGGUUAGGUUAAUUGUUCACUCCAAAUCGCCCGUAGGUGUGAAUGUGGGUGUGAAUGGUUGUGUGUCAUUAAGGUGUUGUUUACGCGGCUGGAUACGAGUACGACUCGCGGAGCGGUAGCAUCGUUUCGGCCUUUAGUUUAGACGAAUUCUAUCGGGGCAGUGACCUCUGUGACCUUUGAAUAUGGGUCCCAAAAUAACAAAGUUGAAAAACUCUCUGGCUCGAUCAGCCCCGCCUCUCUGCGACCUUUUACCCCAGUCAGCCCUGUUCAACGCCACACAAUAAGAACAAUGGCGGCUGCCAGGCUACAUGUGAGCGUGCUAAUUUGGCUACAUGGUGUGCUACAGCUAAUUAUUACACUUUUGCACUAACAUUCUGAGCAGCAACGGUUAAUGCAGAACACCAUUCUUCUGGUGCUGGCAUGUAAGAGCGGGGGCGACAGCGCCACAUACAGGACUGGCAUAUGUAUUACAGGGGUUGGAGUGGCUGAAUUUUCUUGUGCCAGGUCCGUGUGAACGGGACAAGAUCGCUCUGUAAUCGCAUCUCAGCUGCGUAAACAUAACUAGCAUAAAUAGCUACGUGAUGGACUGGAGAACAGUCCAGCUUCUGCUGACACCGCCCUCUUCUGGUGACUGCGGGUAUUUACUUCAGCUCCUAGUAGUAGCUAAAUGAAAAAUAUAAUUUUUCCUAUUCUCCUCCCUUCAAAUGAAUGUUUUUGACUGUUUCAAUGUGAAAAAACACACAGCAGAGCUGCAGCAGAUCUUACUGUAUGACAGUAGGAUGGAGAGCAGAGUUUUGACGAAGGCAGACAGACGUGGAAGAGAAAAGGGAAGUUUGCAUGUUGAACAGAGAAGAGAAAGAAGAGCAUGUUGGAAAGUGAACUUGUCUCAGACUUUCUGAUGUUGGAAAAAAAACCGAAAUAAAUGGUGCAUUUAGUGGAUGACAGAAAUUAAAUCUGUUGAAAACCUUUAACCUUAGACUAAAAAAACCCGCAUGGAUACACCCACAGGUUUACAUGUAAAUAUUUAGUGAGUGGGUGGUGGUAGACGGAAACCUUAAUGUAGCUUUGUUGUGGGAUUUGUGCACAGAACCUAGUUUUCUACACUCUUGAUGUUUGUGUCUCACGUGUUGACUUCUUUUGCUGCUCAAACUACGACAUGUGAGUGAAACUCUUGCCAGAAAUAUCUAAUGAAAUGUAAAAAAAAAAAAGAAAUACACAUAACUAAGAA